AAUGGAAUCGUUUAUUGAUCGGAUUACCGAAGAGACCGAUGAAAAUUUCCGCAUAUGUCGAGAAAAUAUUCCCAAUUUUGAAACAACAAUCAGCCCUCUCUUGAAUACAAUGAAGAAUAUCAAGUUGUUACUAGAUGAUGCAGCUUUUGAUCAACAAAAAUUGGAAAACAACUGUGAAGAAACAUGUAUGAACUGCACCAAAAGUCAAUUGAAUGAUUUUCUCGGAAUCAAAGUUGAAGCUUCCACGAUUGUCGAUGUGAAAUCACAAUUGGUACCUCAAAGUAAAGAAUCAUCUGCUCUUGUCGAAACCAAUGAACCGAAUGAACAAGGAUUAUCGUCUAAACCGAAAGAAAAUGAUAUCAGAAUUGUGCCACAGAUAACGGAUGAAGAAUUCAAAACAAUUCCAAAGUAUCAACUAGGCCGGUUAACGCUGGAAAUGAUGAAUGAAAUAGUGAGCAAAAUGGAUGAUUUCCUGAUGAAAAAGAGCAAAAUCCUGGGGAAAACUAAUAAACAGCUGACAAGGAGCGAUAGGGAGGUUUUGGACAAUUGGCGAGAACUUGAAAUGAAAGCAAGAAAGAGACUUCCAACAACGUUAUUCUUCAUAGAAACCGACAUUCGACCAAUGCUCCAAGACCGUCUUCGUCCAUCAUUUGCCAAAGCAAUUCCGUGCCUUCGUCACAUUCGUCGAAUUCGAGAAGAACGAUGCGGACCGUUGACUUUCUAUUAUCCAUAAAUUCCUUACGAUAUUUGUACAUUUUUCAAACUGGUCUCAACGUAUUAAAUUUCUCUGUCAAAUAGCUAAUAAACGGAUUUCUACUUC